AUGCGUUCCAAGUUCAAGGACGAGCACCCCUUCGAGAAGCGCAAGGCAGAAGCUGAGCGCAUUCGAGCAAAGUAUGCCGACCGCAUCCCGGUAAUCUGCGAAAAAGUCGAGAAGUCAGAUAUUGCAACUAUCGAUAAGAAGAAGUAUCUGGUACCCGCAGAUCUCACCGUCGGCCAGUUCGUCUACGUUAUCCGCAAGCGUAUCAAGCUGUCCCCCGAAAAGGCCAUCUUCAUUUUCGUCGAUGAAGUCCUACCCCCAACGGCUGCUCUUAUGAGCAGCAUCUACGAAGAGCACAAGGACGAGGACGGUUUCCUGUAUAUCACAUACUCCGGCGAGAACACUUUCGGCGACUGCUAG